AUGCACUCAUUUUUUGCUUCGGAUUCGGAAUCUAUACAGUGGGGGCUGUACCAAGACGUAGUGCCGAAACUUGAAGGAGGAUCAGCAGUGAAUGGUCCCGAUAUUUGCGACAAAAAAUGGAAGAGUUGUCUCAAAGAAGAAAAAACGUCAGUGAUGCAUAUUCACGGAGUGGCUGGCAAAGAAGAAAAAAUUGAGAGAUGUAUGGUUCACAUCUCAACUUCAGACGACGAUGACGACGACGACGACGACGACAGCUCCACUCUCUGA